AUGACCCACAUUCCGGGAUCUGACAAUCAAGUGGCAGACGCUCUAUCGCGGCUGAACGUUAUCAGUAUGCCAGUCGUGAUGAGCACAACAGAACUUGCCGAAGAACAAUCAAAGGACCCCGAAUUAACGCAAGUCUUACAAAGACUACCGACAGUCGACAAUUAUAAAUACUGUUUAACAAUAAUAGACAGGUGGCCUGAGGCGGUCCCGCUAAAAGAAAUAAGCGCGGAUACCAUAGCCACAGGGAUCUAUGCAAAUUGGAUCGCGAGAUUUGGAGCCCCGGCCACAAUAACAACAGACCGUGGAGCCCAAUUCGAAUCGCAAAUAUUCAAUUCGUUAGCAAAACUAAUUGGAUGUAGGCACAUCCGCACAACUGUGUAUCACUCUCCAUCCAAUGGAAUGAUUGAAAGGUGGCAUAGAUCUAGCUAUAAACACGACAUACAGGCAACCGCGGCUGAAAUGAUAUACGGUACACGCCUUAGAAUGCCAGGAGAAUUUUUCGUGGACACAGAGACACAUACGGACUUUACCGUCGACAAAUUUAGAAGACACAUGCAAGAGAAUCGACCAAGACCAACGCGACAUCAUUCAAAACGCUCAUAUUUCAUUUUUGAUAAUUUAUUCAAGACAACGCACGUAUUUAUAAAAGUGGAUCAUGUAAGGCACCCUUUGGAACAGCCGUAUUCUAUCGCGUGA